AUGCUCUUAAUCAUUCCUAUAUACUGCAAUAACCGGGAGCUUUCUCGUGCUGAGUCACGACGUCUUCUCUCUCUGAUCGCUAAGACUCUUCACAGUCCGACCUCAGGUUGCCCUGAUUUGUUGAUUUCUGCAGAGUUAGAAGCAAAUCAACUGCCUCCGAAAAAUUAUUCCUACCUCUUGCCGUUUAGGCGGAACUAUGCUGAAUUCCUUUGCACCAUUGUCACGCCCGUAGCAUUGCACAACUCCUACCGGUGGGACAUUGUUCGAGCAGCCUCACUAGCUGAACUCGUAAUCAACUGGUUGUCCUUAAAGGGCCUUAUAUUGGUUGAAGGGGCGACUGGGAAUAUGAAUUUUGAAAACUUCUUGGGGCCUUUGAUGCGAGCUUUCAUGCAGACAUCAUCGUACUAUUCCAGGAGCAGUAGGGGAGGCGGACAAGAGGAUGAAUCCGCGGUGAAUAGUGUGACGAUCUGUAUGGGUAGUGGGCACCUCAUGUACGUGGAAAAAUCAACUCUUAACGUGGAGGGAUUUGCUUCCAGACCGCCAGGCAACCUCUGUGCACUUAUGACAUCGAUACUAGAGGGCUCCAUUCUUAAACCCAUCUCCUCGGCCAUUCAAAUGGUUGGAGUGUGGGCGCCCCUGCACUGCAAUUUCGGUGUCUCUAUGCCCGGAAAAAAGAUACCCCUUCAUCUGAUCAUCCCGGUUCCGCAUACAAAAUCUGCGAGUCUGGUUUUUGAAUUCGACCUCCGCAACCUAGCCCUUGAUCUCUGUGCUGUUGGACUUGACUAUUGCCGCCACAGUACAACGCAGUGCGUCUACCGCCAAUACCAGGAAUGGGCCUUCGAUGUUGCCAAUUACAUCUGUCAAUGCAAACCUGGUUUUUACACAGAUCGGCCGGAAAAUGGCUACCCGGCGGAGCUGUAUAUGCAAGAGACGCAGAAGAACAGUGCCAGUGGUGCCAUUGGUGGCGAGGCGAAGGGCCUAUGGGACCGCAUGAGCUGCAAGGUUUGUCCACCCGACUGUCCCAACUGCACCUCAAGCGUGCCCUGUGGCGUAGAGUACAAUAUGCACCUCCUACGCGGCAUUCCUCUAGCCAUACAGACCUUCUCCAUCACCACCACCCUCCUCCUUGGGGUCCUCACCUUCCGUCUCCGGCGCACUCGGGCAUUCAAAGCAGCUAACUGGAAGUUUUUGGAAAUCUUUCUUCUUGGUGCCGUACUCCUUUACUCUACGAGCAUUGUGAUGUACUUUCGAGCAAGCAGUUCCACAUGUAUUCUCUUGCCGUGGUUUCGGGAGGUCGGCUUUGCCCUCAUGUACGGUGUGCUGAUUGUCAAAUUGUACCGAGUGCUGAUCUGCUUCCAAUCCCGUAAGGCCCAUCGAGUGCACGUACGUGACAAGGACCUCUUCAAGUACCUCGGGUGCUUUGUGGCUAUCGUCAUCGGUUACAUGCUAGCAUGGACGGCGGUCACCCUGGAUUAUACACGAUUUCGCAACCUCGUAGGUGUUUCCACCGUGCCCGCCGCCUCUACCAUGUUCACGGUUCAGCAGCCCAUGGUCGAUGACAUUUUGGUGAAGGGUCGCAUCCAGAUGAUGGUUCAGCGACCUACACCGUCUCCACCACUGCCACCUCCACCCCAGUCACCCUCAUCCACCCACAACGCUACCUCCGGCUGUGUCUCCUGCUCCACUUUCGUGCUCCUCUCCAACAACACUGUGACGAAUCUGACCUCAAUUAGGCAGGAUGGAGAGGAGCUAGCGAUGGCGGAGAUGGCACAAGUGGGGGCAGAGUGGCAGAAAGGGGGAAUAAAAAAGAGUAUGAAAGAUUCGGCUCCCAGCGUGCACUACCAAUACUUUCGUGUAUGCCGUGCCAUGUCCUGGGACAUUUUUGUGCAACUCGGUGAAAUGGCGAUUCUUUUGGCCGGCGUGCAUUACUGUCGUCUUAUUUGGUCUGCGCCCUCAGAAUACAAUGAAAACCGGUGUAUAACAAUCGUUUUCUUAACUGAACUUAUUGGCUCUGGGACCCUUUACCUUACUCGGCACUUCAUUUGGUACUCCACACACCCGGACGUCAUAUACCUUAUUUACUUCAUAAGAUGCCAUCUAACGGUCACCGUGAAUAUUGCGAUUAUUUUCGCCCCUAAGUUUUGGUACAUCCACAGGCCGCCCUCGCCACAGGUAGUAGGCAUGGUGGUGGGUGUGAGCGGGGGUCGGCGGGGCAUGGUGGGUGCCGUUCCGGGAGCGUCGGCAGCGCCUCACUUAGUUCCCUCCAACAACAAACUCCGUCUCGCCUCCAACGGCGAACUUGACCUUGCUGACGUCAAUCUUGCCGACAUGGAUCCCGAGGUGAUUCGGCGAGAACUGAAGCGCCUUUAUACGGCCAUUGAGAUCUACAAGACCAAGGCAAUGCGUCGUGACAAUCCGCACAUCAGCAAACGACGCGGUGGACGCAAGCAGCGCCGAUUUUCCCUUCAGCCUUUUCAUAAGAAACAUCACGGCGGUGGUAUGGGCGAUUAUGGAUCGGGUUACCAGGGCGACGUUAGCACCAUAAGUAACAUUGGCGGUGGUGAGCGGAGCGUUAUGCGUUCAGGGACGGGCGGUGGAAAAAGCGCUCCAUUAGGCACCUCGAUGGUAGAUGAGGAGACAUCACGAGUGUCCGAGGAUUCCAUCACCAGCCUCGUGGACGCUACGGACCAGCGCUUCGCCUCGCAGUUGGGCGCCGGCGGACGCAAUCGAUCGAAGACUCAGUCCUCCCCGCACGAGUACGGGUGCAGGCAGGAGAUAACGGGCUGCGUCAGUGGAGGGGCCAAUGAUGGAUAA